GCAAGGAGCGAAAUAAUAACCAAAAAAGAAGCAACAGGCCUCACUAAUUAACCAUUUAGAGGCAAUUUCAACCCUUCCGGAUCAUAGAACUACGAAAGGUUACCUCCGGAUGGAAGGAAGGGUAACCUCAGCGGGAAUUGAAUCGAUCCUCCCGCCUCCUCCGCGGUCCGAGUUAGUUUCGAUUUCCCCGCAUUUCGCAGCUUUCUCCAACUUGGGGUCAGGACUCGACUACCAGUGGUUGUGACAACUUACUCUUGUUUUCUCCGGGAUUAUCUAUAAUUGCUUGUCUUUGAUUGAAUAUUUCUUGCAUAUCCUGUGAUCAACCGGUCUAAAUUAGCCCCUUUUGCCUUUAGUAAAGUCGCCAUUCUGUUGCCGAGGAUCGAAUCAUGUCCGGUGCUGUAUCGAGGUUGUCGGGACUCUUGGGCCAUUUUGUCCCUGGCGCAGAGCAACGGGUUAAUUUUCAUACACUGUCGCCGACGUUCUUCUUGCCCAGGGCGGCGGCUAUUGAACCCGAGGCUGAGGCCAUCCAUCACGUUACUGCGAAUAACCAGGUUUUGAGACGGAACUAUGCUGAGACGGCGGAUCGUGCCAGGGGUCUCGCUUAUUAUCUGAAGAAGCAUGGGUUCAAGAGAGUCGGUGUGCUGUGCCCUAAUACGCCUGCGUUUUUAGAGUCAAUCUUUGGAAUUGCGGCUGCUGGGGCGGUGAAUAUUGCUGUUAAUUAUCGGUUGAAGGAGGACGAUAUCGCUUACAUAUUCACGCACUCUGAUGUCGAGGCUAUUAUUGUUGAUCAGGAGUUCCUGUCGCUUCUACAAAGUUAUCGUGCUUCGAAGCCCAAUAUCCCUAUUAUUGUCGAUACGGAUACGGAUGCCACCGAAGGCCAGUUAUCCGGUCCCUUUGAUGAGGCGGUUUUGGAAGGCUUGAGGUAUGACUUGGAUACGGGGGCCAAAGGUUGGCCUGGGCUCGAGGCCCAAGCCGCUUCUGAAGAUGACGUUAUCGCUCUUGCGUACACCAGCGGUACGACGGCUCGACCGAAGGGUGUCGAGUAUACCCAUCGUGGCUGCUAUCUUGCUGCGAUGGGCAAUGUGAUUGAAUCUGGGCUUAAUUCGCACCAUGGUCGGUGCCGGUAUCUGUGGACUUUGCCUAUGUUCCAUGCCGUUGGGUGGACGUUCCCUUGGGCUGUCACGGCAGUGCGUGGUACCCAUUACUGCUUGCGGAAGAUUGACUACCCGCAAAUCUGGAAGCUACUGAAGCAGGAGCACAUCACGCAUUUUAAUGCCGCUCCGACGGUGAAUACCCUGCUCUGCAAUUCUAAGGAGGCGGAGCGGCUGCCCGAGCCAGUUCAUGUUACAGUCGCGGCGAGUCCGCCUACGCCUCAUCUCUUCGAGCAGAUGACUAACUUGAACCUCCAUCCUGUGCAUGUAUAUGGCAUGACGGAGACAUACGGGCCAAUCACGAAAGGCUAUUAUCUGCCUGCAUGGGACAACCUGCCGUCAAGUGAAAGGUAUAAGAAGAUGGCCAGGCAAGGACAUGGCUUUGUGACCAGUCUACCCGUACGAGUAAUUAAGACGGAUGUUUCCGAGGGCACUGUCAUUGAUGUUAGUCGGGAUGGCAAGGAGAUAGGUGAAAUUGUUUUCGUCGGGAAUAUCUGUGCUCGGGGCUACUACAAAGACCCGGACGCUACGCGGAAACUCUUCGCGGGUGGCGUUCUCCACUCCGGAGACUUGGCUGUGUGGCAUGCCGAUGGUUCAAUUCAGAUCCAAGACCGAGCGAAAGACAUCAUUAUCAGCGGCGGAGAGAAUAUCUCAUCUGUGGCGCUAGAGUCUAUGCUAGUCACCCACCCGGACAUUCUCGAGGCCGGAGUCGUAGCCGUUCCCGACAGCCACUGGGGAGAGCGACCAAAGGCAUUUGUGACGGUGAAGUCAGGAAAGUCAUUGACGGGUUCCGAGGUGAUCGAUUGGGCCCGGAAUACCAGUGAUAUCAGCAAGUUUAUGAUCCCUCGAGAGGUUGAAGUAGUGGCGGAACUGCCCAAGACUAGUACCGGGAAAGUGAGAAAGAACAUCCUCCGCGACUGGGCCAAAGGAGCGAAUUGAUCAUGAAGGAGGUGUUAUAUAAUUCAAAAUAAAUAUGCAUAGACGAUCUAGACAAUAUACAUGAAUUUUUGAGAUUGGGCUGCUCUUAGUAUAGGCUGACACUAUCCCUGUUGGUUCCCAAUGAACAUACUUUAUGGUCUUGCCGAUAGUCUACCGCCGUGCC